CCAGGCUUUCCAACUGACUUUGCUCUAAGGGCGCGGGCUGGGAGCCGCAGUUGGGCCAGCAGGUGAGGCAGCCUCUCUGUUCCCUGUCUGUGUGCGUCCGCCUGCUCCAGCUGCUCAGACCCGAGGGCAGGGGAGGGCGGUCGGCACCUCAGGCACCCUGGCGUAGUCGGCUGCCUGAGGGCUCUCAGGUCCGGCUUUCGACGCUAGUCCCAACCCAGACUUAGAGUCGGCUCCCAGCCAGAUCCUGGCCUGCAGGAACCUCCGCGGGGCCCGGUCUGGGCCUCAAUGGAGCUCCACCCGCUGCCGUUGCUGCCCUUCCUGUUACUACUGCUGCCGGCUGUGCCCGCGACAGGUGGGUCCUGGCAGUGCCCGCGCAUCCCCUACGCUGCCUCCCGCAACUUUGACGUGAAGUACGUGAUGCCCAGCUACUCUGCCGGCGGUCCGGUACAGGCUGUGACGACCUAUGAUGGCGACGGGGAAGGGAGUGCCGUCUUCGUGGCCACACGCAAUCGCCUGCACGUGCUUGGGCCUGACCUGCAGCCAGUUGAGAGCCUGGCCACGGGCCCUGCUGGGGACCCUGGCUGCCAGACAUGUGCAGCCUGUGGCCCAGGCCCCUACGCUCCGCCGGGAGACACAGAUGCGCAGGUGCUAGUGCUGGAGCCGGCGCUGCCGGCACUAAUCAGUUGUGGCUCCAGCCUUCAUGGCCGCUGCUUCUUGCAUGAGCUAGAGCCCCGUGGGACAGUCCUGCACCUGGCGCCACCAGUCUGCCUUUUCUCUGACCACCACAAUCGACCAGAGGACUGCCCCGACUGUGUGGCCAGCCCUCUGGGCACACUUGUGACCAUCGUUGAGCAGGGCCAUGCCUCCUACUUCUAUGUGGCAUCGUCACUGGACUCAGGAGUGGCUACCAGCUUCAGCCCACGCUCAGUCUCCAUCCGGCGACUCAAGGCUGACGCCUCAGGAUUCGCACCAGGCUUUGCUUCACUGUCAGUGCUGCCUGAGCACCUCUCUUCCUACCGGAUCGAAUACGUGUACAGUUUCCGUUCAGGAGCCUUCGUCUAUUUCCUGACAGUGCAGCCUGUCAACGUGGCAGCUGCUCCUGGCGGCUUACACACUCACCUGGCGCGACUCAGCGCUGUAGAGACCGACCUCGGCGACUACCGCGAGCUUGUCCUCGACUGCCGUUUUGCGCCUAAACGCCGGCGUCGCUCGGCGCAUGAGGGCGGCCAGCCCUACCCCGUGCUGCGGGCGGCCCACGCUGCUGCAGUGGGAGGCAGACUGGCUACUGAGCUGAGCAUCUCUGAGGGCCAGGAAGUGCUAUUCGGUGUAUUCUCAGCAAGCAGAGACAGCGGCCCGAGUGUGGAUCCUAAUUCUGUCGUCUGCGCCUUUCCCCUCAACCUGCUGAACACGCUCAUCGAUCUGGGAGUGGAGCGCUGUUGUGAGCCUCCCGUCCACCAGGGCCUGCGGCGAGGCCUAGACUUCUUCCAGUUGCCCAGUUUAUGCCCCAACCCGCCUGGCCUGGAGGCCCCCAGCCCCAACACCAGCUGCCGCCACUUCCCUCUGCUGGUCAGCCACAACUUCUUACGUGUGGACCUAUUCAACGGGCUGUUAGGAACAGUGCAGGUCACUGCACUGUAUGUAACAUGCCUCGACAAUGUCACAGUGGCCCACAUGGGCACAGCUGAUGGCCGCAUCCUGCAGGUGGAAAUGGCCAGGUCUCCCAACCGCUUGCUGUAUGUGUCCAACUUCUCACUGGGCAGCAAUGGGCAGCCUGUGCAUCGGGAUGUCAGUCGACUUGGGGACCACCUGCACUUUGCCUCUGGUGACCAGGUCUUCCAGGUACCUAUCCGGGGCCCUGGCUGCCGCCACUUCCUCACCUGUGGGCAUUGCCUGCGGGCACAACGUUUCAUGGGCUGUGGAUGGUGUGGGAACAUGUGUGCCCAGCAGAAGGAGUGUCCUGGAUCCUGGCAACAGGACCAUUGCCCACCCGAGCUUACUGAGUUCUACCCUCACAGUGGACCCCUGAGGGGCAGCACGAGGCUGACCCUGUGUGGCUCCAACUUUUACCUGCACCCUUUUGGUUCGCUGCCUGAGGGCACACAUCAGAUCACCGUGGGUCAAAGUCCCUGCCAACUGAUGCCCAAGGACAGCUCAAACCUCAGCCAAGGGCCCUGGAAGGACUUUACAGAAAAGCUUGAGUGUGAGCUGAAGCCCUUGGGUACUCAGGGAGCCGGGCCCGCCAACGUCAGCCUCACUGUGACCAACAUGCCUCUGGGCAGGCACUUCCGGGUAGAUGGCACCUCCAUGCUGCGAGGCUUCUCUUUCAUGGAGCCAGUGCUGACAGCAGUACAACCCCUCUUUGGCCCACGGGCAGGGGGUACUUGCCUCACCCUUGAAGGCCAAGGCCUGGAUAUUGGCACCAGUUGGGUUGUGCUGAUCAAUGGAACUGAGUGCCCACUGAAACGAGUCAGAGAAGGGCAGCUUUUAUGUACUACACCCCCUGGGGCUGCUACUGCCAGCGUUCCCAUUCGCCUGAAGGUGGGGGGCGCCGAGGUCCCUGGCUCCUGGAACUUCCAGUACCUGGAAGAUCCCAUUGUGUUGGGCAUCAGCCCCAACUGUGGCUACCCUGGUUCCCACAUCACCAUCCGUGGCCAGCAUCUGACUUCAGUGUGGUACCUGGUGCUGUCAUUCCAUGAUGGGCUUAGGGCAGUGGAAAACAGGUGUGAGAAGCAGCUCCCGGAGCAGCAGUGGUGCCGCUUGCCCGAAUAUGUGGUCCGAGGCUCCCAGGGGUGGGUGACAGGGAACCUGAGUGCCUGGGGGGAUGGAACUGCUGGCUUCACACUGCCUGGCUUUCGAUUCCUGCCCCCACCCCAUCCACCCAGCACGGACCUGGCCCCACUGAAGCCUGAGGAACAUGCCAUUAAGUUUGAGUAUAUUGGGCUGGGCACUGUGGCUGAUUGUGUGGAUGUGAACGUGACCGUGGGUGGUGAGAGCUGCCAGCAUGAGCUCCGGGGGGAUGUGGUCGUCUGCCCCCUGCCCCCCUCCCUGCAACUUGGCAAGGACGGUGCUCCACUGCAGGUCUGCGUGGAUGGUGGGUGUCACAUCCUAGGCAAGGUAGUGCGGCCCGGUCUGGAAGGGGUCCCACAGAGCACGCUCCUUGGUGUCCUGCUGGCCCUGCUCCUGCUUGUGGCUGUAUUGGCCGCCAUACUGGUCCUGAAUUACCGCCAGAGAAAACAGCUAGUGCUUUCCCCCAACCUGGAUGACUUGGCAUCCCUGGACCAGACCACAGGAGCUGUGCCUCUGCCUGUGCUUCGCUCAGGCUCUGACUACAGAAAUGGCCUUGGUGAGAUGGUAGAGGCACCAGAGGCUGGGGCCAUGCACUCUGCUCCACCAGCCCCUCACUCCCUCUCCUCCUCAGCAGCCCCUGCCAUCGAUGGCCAGGAUUCCACCACUCAGGUGCACAGAGCAUCCUUUGCAGACAGCAGGGAUGGGUCCCAUGUUCCACUGCUCCAGAAAGAGUCCAUCCAGCUCAGGGACCUGAACUCUGCACUCCUGGCAGAUGUCAAGGAUGUGCUGAUUCCCCACGAGCGGGUAGUCACCCACACUGACCGAGUCAUUGGCAAAGGCCAUUUUGGGGUUGUCUACCAUGGAGAAUACAUAGAUGAGGCCCAGAAUCGAAUCCACUGUGCCAUCAAGUCGCUGAGUCGCAUCACGGAAUUAGAAGAGGUGGAGGCCUUCCUGCGAGAGGGGCUACUCAUGCGUGGUCUGCACCACCCAAACGUGCUGGCUCUCAUCGGUAUUGUGUUGCCACCUGAAGGGCUGCCCCGGGUGCUGCUGCCCUACAUGCGCCACGGAGACCUGCUCCAAUUCAUCCGUUCACCCCAGCGUAACCCCACGGUGAAGGACCUCAUCAGCUUCGGCCUGCAGGUGGCCCGUGGCAUGGAGUACCUGGCAGAGCAGAAGUUUGUGCAUCGGGACCUGGCAGCUCGGAACUGCAUGCUGGAUGAAUCAUUCACAGUCAAGGUGGCUGACUUUGGUCUGGCCCGAGACAUCCUGGACAAGGAGUACUACAGUGUCCAACAGCACCACCAUGCUCGCCUUCCCAUCAAAUGGAUGGCACUAGAGAGCCUGCGGACCUACAGAUUCACCACCAAGUCUGAUGUGUGGUCAUUUGGUGUGCUGUUAUGGGAACUGCUGACACGGGGUGCCCCACCAUACCCCCACAUCGACCCUUUUGACCUCACUCACUUCCUGGCCCAGGGUCGCCGCCUGCCCCAGCCUGAAUAUUGCCCCGAUUCUCUGUACGAGGUGAUGCAGCGCUGCUGGGCAGAGGACCCUGCAGCACGACCCACCUUUGGAGCACUAGCAGGGGAAGUAGAGUGCUUGGUGGCCGCGCUGCGAGGGGACCACUACGUGCAGCUACCCGUGGCCUACGUGAAUGUGGGCCCUGGAGCCUCCGACAAGGAAAACCUGCCCUCAAAAAAUUCACCGUCUCCACCAGUGCACAGGAGCUCCUGGACCCUCUCAGAGCCACCAAGGCCCACGUGACCUCAGCCCUAGCAGACCCUGGGGUCGGACAUGUAUAGUCAUGGGAGUUAACCCCAAGCUACCUCUGGGCUGGCCUCUGCCCUGUCCCUUCCCCUUAACCUUCAGGGGCACAGGAGGGCUAUAAGGCACAUUGGCCCCUCACACACAGAGGGAGCCAGUGAGGGGAUCCUUGAUGCAGUGAGUAUUUAUGGAGUGUCUGCUGUGCACCUGGAUGCUGGGCACAGGGGACUAAACGGUGACCACUGGCCCUUGAAUCAGUAAAUGAACAAAUGAAUAUUUAAGUACAAA